AUGCCUCGCUAUGACGAUCGCCAUGGGAAUACACGCUUGUAUGUUGGAAGAUUGGCCCCCCGCACCCGUUCCCGCGACCUAGAAUAUCUUUUCAGCAAAUAUGGAAGAAUACGUGAAGUGGAGUUGAAGCGCGACUAUGCAUUCAUUGAAUUCAGCGACCCCCAAGAUGCUGAUGAUGCGCAGUACAACCUAGAUGGCAGGGAAGUUGAUGGAAGCCGCAUUAUUGUUGAAUUUGCUAAAGGGGUUCCUCGUGGUUCUGGUGGUUCACGUGAAUAUAUGGGAAGAGGACCUCCACCAGGAACAGGUCGUUGUUUUAACUGUGGAAUUGAUGGUCACUGGGCAAGAGAUUGCAAGGCUGGCGUGAGAGAAGCUAUUCACGGUCUCCAUCCCCACGCCGUGGACGGGGCCGCAGCCGGAGCUACAGCAAAAGCCGGAGCUAUAGCUUGUGUUAACAAUCCUUCUAUUACAAUCAGCCGAUCCAGGUCCCCGUCUGGAUCUCCGAGGGGUGGACGCCGUGACCGUGACGAGAGGAGAUCAAGGAGUGUUAGCUACAGCAGGAGCGCAAGCCCUAGGCGUUCUGUCUCACCUGCAAAGGAAAAGGAGCGCAGCCGCACACCUGAUGGCAGCAGGAGCCCAAGGAGCCCCAGCCCAAGGGAUGAUGUGAGCCCACCACCAAAGGAUAAUGGUGCACGCAACGGCUCAGACCGUGAAGACAGCCCUGGGGCCAGGGAGAACAGCAAGAGGAGUCGGAGCCCAUCUGAUGGCUACCGUAGCCCUGCGGUCAAUGGGCGCAGCCCGAGCCCUAGGGAUGACCGUAGCCCAAGUCCCAAGGGCAACAACAGCGAUGACGAGCGCCGUGGUUCACCAAGGGGAAGUCAGUCCCCCUGA